AUGAUAUCAAGAAAUAUAUUGAGACAGUCAUGCCAUAGGACUCAGAGCCGGUAUUUUGCUUCUUCUGCCUUGAUGUCUAAUUUAUUUGGAGGGAAAAAAGUCAUAAAUCAGACGCAGUUAAAUGCUCCAACUGGAAAAGGUGAAUCAACGACUAAUCCAGCAGAUAUGAUUAAGAGAAACGAUAUAUUGAUGUUUUCACAAAAACCUAUAAAUUAUAUUGAAACAGUUAAGAGUAAUGGAUUUCAUCUUGCAAACAAUUUAUUAAUAACAUCUCCCGAUAAAGAAGGAAAUAUAAUUGGUACAUUAUUGCUAGAAAGUGAAACAUUCGAAAUCAACAUGUCUAAACCAAACAAGGGAUUCGAUCUUAUAAAUGGAUUUAUAAUAGACUUCCAUGAAGAUGUGUUACAAAUAUUUAAUAAAAUACAUCCAAAGCCAGAAAUUUGUGUUAUCGGAUUAGGCUGUAAAUCAAGAAUGUUGAGCGAUUCAACGAAGAAGUAUUUUUCUAACUUGGGAAUUCAAGUGGAUCAUUCUGAUUCGAAUAAUGCUGCGCAAAUGUUUGAUUUAUUGGCUACAGAAAGACCAAACGUUAUAGCAGCAUUGCUAUUACCUCCAAACAUUUAA